GGCGCGUGCGCGCAGCCCGCGCCCCUCUCGCCCACAUGGGACGUCAACGCGCUCCUGCACGGCCAAAAAUCCCGCAUUGUCACAUGGCUCAGCGACGCCGUUAAGAUCCCCACGGAGAUCUUCGACGAAAUGGGCCCCAUCGGAAACGAUACGCGCUGGGACGUGUUCUACGAGUUUGCAGACUACCUCGAGAAAGCCUUUCCGCGCGUGCACGCGCACAUGGCGCGCACGCGCGUCAUGACCCACGCGCUAGUGUAUGAGUGGCGCGGGAAAGAGGAAGAGCACAAACCCCUCCUCCUCCUCGGACACCAGGACGUUGUUCCCGUCCUGCGCGAGACGCGGGGGAUGUGGACUCACGAGCCGUAUGGCGGCGAAUACGACGGGGAGCGCAUCUGGGGCCGCGGCGCGAUGGACGACAAGUCGGGCGUGAUUGGCGCUCUUGCCGCGAUGGAGCUGCUUCUCGAGGCGGGGUUUGCGCCGUCGCGCACCGUCAUCCUCGCCCUCGGAUGCGACGAGGAGACUGGCGGCAAGGUCGGCGCGUACCAUAUCGGCCAGUGGCUUGAGGCGAAGUAUGGGAAGGACUCGAUGGCUCUGAUCGUCGACGAAGGCGGCGGGAUGGCCGAGGUCCGCGGACAGAUGUUCGCGCUCCCCGCCGUGGCGGAGAAGGGAUAUCUCGACGUCGAGCUCCGCGUCGAGACGCCGGGGGGGCACUCGUCCGUGCCCCCGCCCCACACGGGGAUCGGGUACGCGGCCCUCGCGAUCGCCGAGCUCGAGCGGCACCCGCAUACGCCGCACCUCGAUCCGCAGAACCCGCUGCUCUCCUUCAUCGGCUGCGCGGCGAAGUACGCCGCGCUGCCCCCCGACGUGACGCGCACAAUCAAGCGCGUGACGGACGCGCUGGCGCGCGACCGCGUCGACAAGAAGGCCCUUAAGAAGCUCGAGGGCUGGUGGGCCGAGUACGCCGGCACCGCUAUGAUCACAACGACGCAGGCCGCCGACAUCAUCCGUGGCGGGGCCAAGGUUAACGCUCUCCCCGAAGUCGUCACCGCGUACAUCAACCACCGGAUUGCGCUCUCAUCCUCCGUCGCGGAGCUGCAGGCGCGGCUUGCGCGCGUGCUGCGGCCUGUAGCGAAGGAGUACGCGCUCGACUUUGACGCGUUUGGCGACGUCGCGCUCGCGGACAAGACGGCGGGCAAGCUCUCCCUCGCGCCAGCGUGGAAUUCUACGCUCGACCCCGGACCCGUGUCGCCGUACACUGUGGAUGCGCCUGCUUGGCGCAUCCUCGCCGGCACGACGAAGAGCGUGUACGCGUCGCGCGGCCAGAAGCGGGGCAGCGCGGACGUGCAUAUGGCCCCGUAUUUGACUACGGGAAACACAGACACGAAGCGAUACUGGAACCUCACGCGUAACAUCUACCGCUUUGCGUACCUCGUCUUCGAGGGCACGUUCAACAACGCGCACACUGUCGACGAGUACAUCGAGGCAAACAUGUUUGUCGAGCAGGUCCGCUGGUUCGCCAACUUUAUUGUCAAUGUCGAUGAGAGUCGGGAGAUCUAGGCGCAGCGAUAAGCGAGCGAGUCAAGCGUGUAGAGUUAUAUAUACUCCGUCUCUGAAUGAUCUCCAACUCGCCCACGUAUGUCACGAUGCUACAGCUCCUCCCUCUUGCGCUCGUCC